UUCACAUGUUGCUUCAAAUACGUGCGGAAGCCAAAAUCGACCAAAUUUGCCCCUAACGAACGGAUGUUAGGGCGUCAGUGCAUGGAAACUGCUCUGCAACUUCAUCCCCUGCGUCGGAUCCUACUCUACACCUCAUCUCUACCCAAUCACAGCCCGUCGAAUCCGCAAAACCUCCGGGCCCAUGCGAUCUAUUCCGCCAGAGAAGCUCUCUCCUUAAAACGACGCCGUCCAGCAAACACGAUCGCCAGACAAACUAGGGCUCCCGCACAGACGACGGCGCUAAUGGCCGACAAGGCUCCGAAGAACACCGCCGCCACGCUUCCGUCGGAACCGGCAACGCAGGACAUAUCUGAGAAAUCUCCGCCGCGUCCUCCGCCGCCGGAGAAGCCGUUGCCGGGAGAUUGCUGCGGUAGCGGAUGCGUGCAGUGCGUUUGGGAUCUGUAUUACGAAGAGCUCGAGGCCUACAACAAGCUUUACAAGACCGAUUCCGAUCCCAAAUCGAAGGCCUCUUGAGCAAGGGCGAAAAUUGUUCUAAUUUUCUUGAAUUCGCUUGAGAAUUUGUUUAAAGAACCAAUUUUUUCGCGUUGAAUAAAAUUUCCCAAAUCUCAGCUGCCUUACUUUUGCUGUCGUUUUUCGAUCGGGCCGGUCAUGGUUUUCAAUGGUCCUGGGCCCAGUGAUUGUUUCCAAUUUCACUUUCUUGUCUCCUUCCAUGCGUCGUUUGCAGGUGGGUCUUGUCGUUCUUCUUCUUCUUCCUCUAGGGCUGACGGCUUCCCUGCUGUUCGAAAUCGUAUUCUCCGUUCGUCACGCUUCUCUCUUUUUACUUUCUGAACUCUGAAAUUGAAGAUCGAUUUCAAUGGUUAAUUUAGUUCCUAAGCUUAAUUUAUUCUUCAUUUGUUACUUUCGCUUGUAUUGAAUUGGGGAUAAGAAUUUUAUGAUAAA